GUCAUUUGCAUAGAGGAGCUGAUAUAAGGGCUGGUUCCAUUCACUCCCCUCAUAGUCAAGGCUGCAUCUGUGAGGAAUUGUUCUGUCUCUGCGCUCAGUCCCUGAUAAUCCAACAAAAUGUCUGACAAACCAGAUAUGGCUGAGAUUGAGUCAUUCGAUAAGAACAAGCUGAAAAAGACAGAAACACAAGAGAAAAAUCCACUUCCUUCAAAAGAAACAAUUGAGCAAGAGAAACAAGCAACUGAAUCAUAAUGAAUCUCCCAUCACCCAGAUAUGCACUGUACAUUCCACAAGCAUUGCCUUCUUAUUUUACUUCUUUUAGCUGUUUAACUUUGUAAAAAAAAUAAAUAACAAAGAUACAAAGGUUGGAAAACAUUUACUGUGCUGCCCCGUUACAUGAACAGAAAGGAAUAAAGAACUACUGACUGACUGAAGGCGCUGCCUCUCCAUCUGCCUGUCUGGCUGGCUUUGGUCCUGGUGGCAUUGAGCAUCGUGCAUUAUAUAAUAAAAGGAUAAUUGGUGAGGUACGGAGAUUCAGUACCAUGUGGCCUCGAGUGAAAGGAAAGCUGCAUCAAAGUCCAGCGAGCUGUAAAAUGCGGUCAAAUCAAGUGAAAUUUUAAUUUGUUCAAAAUGAUUUGAAUUAUUGGAAUGCACAAUUUUUUUUAAAUAUGCAAAUAAAAAGUAUAAAACA